AUGCGGAAAAACGAUUUAUUGCGACAUCUCGCAGUUCUUCUUCAGUACAUGUUUCUUUGGAAACUGCAAGUCCUCAAAAAUGAAGUGCAGAGUCUGAAUUUUGUUCCAGAAUCAGAAGAAACAGUACGGUCUUCAGAUUACUAUCUUGCUGAUCCCGUUGCAAAAGCAUGGAUGUUCACGGCAAUGGCUGUUGGCAUGUGUUUUGGACCAAUACCUUUGUAUUGGGCCUACAAACUUGACACAAGGUCAAUCUUGCAGGUAUUUGUUGACGCAUUUAGCAAUGCCAUCAUUUACAGAGUCGCCAUUUUUGCGUAUGGACUUAUUUCGACAUUGGCCACUCUUUUAUAUCCACUUGCCGACUCUUUGGGCCUUUGGCCCUCAAUGAUUUCUCGCUUCUUUACGGGUUUCGCUCAAGCUAGUCAACUGCAUUUUAGCAAUGAGGUAGUAUUGACAUGGGCUCCACAAUCGGAAAAAUCGUUAUUCUUUUCUAUACUACUCGCUGCUUCACAGUUUGGACCACUUUUCACUAUGAUACUCGGCGGCGAAAUGUGCAGUUCGUCUCUUGGAUGGGAAGCAACCUACUAUGUACUUGGAGCUCUUACACUUGCAUCAACGGCAGCAUUCAUAUUUCUUUAUACGCAAGAUGUGGAAAGCAACAGGCAUGAUUUUUUUUCGGAAUCAAAAUAG